AAACGCACAUUUUUCUUCGUGAAAAUGAACUUUUAUCAGCAAAGGGCCGUUGAUAUCUCCACUGAAGGUCAUAAUCUUCUUCUGUUAGGUAGAGCUGGAACUGGAAAAUCUUUUGUGUUAAAAGAAAUUGUCAAACGCCUUCGGAAUAAGGGAAAAACAGUGCAAAUUACAUGUUCAACAGGCAUAGCAUGUUGUGUAUACGAUGAGAAUGCAUGUACCAUCCAUCAGUUUACCGGAAUUUCUGACGGGCGUCAUGGGCCAGGGGAAAUUGUAGACGUUGUAAAGAAUAACAGGAAAUAUGAGUAUGUGCUUGACAACAUUUCAAAAGUUGAUACUGUUAUUCUAGAUGAAUGUUCAAUGAUAAGUCAAAAGUUAUUUGACACAAUCAACAAUGUAUGCAAGAUCAAAGAUCCUAAACGUCCUUUUGGUGGAAUUCAAAUGAUUUUUUGCGGUGACUUCUUGCAAUUGCCUCCUGUAGAAAAUUUACCUUAUGGUGACAGUGGCCGGUACUGUUUUGAAUCAAAUGAUUUCAGUACCUGUUUUCCACACAGAGUAGUAUUAGAAGAAAAUAUGAGACAGUCUGAAAGUAAGCUUAUGCAAACAAUCAAUGGAGUGUUUGAUGGCCAUGUUUCUCCAGAUAUGGAAAAUUUUAUUGCAAAAUUGAACAGGCCACUAGAUAAUCUGACAUCACAUACAGUAAAGUUGUUUGCCAGGAACGACUUAGUUGAUGAUUAUAAUAGACAGUGUCUUUUAGAAUUUCCUGGCAGUAUGUAUGAGUAUAAAUCUGAAGACAGUGGCAAUGCAUCAGACUUAUCCAAAAUCUCUGUACCAAGCAUUCUGUGGCUUAAGAUAGGAUGCCCAGUUAUAUUAAUGCGUAACCUAUCAAAUCAACUGGUAAAUGGACUUCAAGGGUUUGUCAAAGAUAUUCUGGAAGGAUCAGGACCAGUAAUAGAAUUCCCCAGCAUCAACAUUACAAGAACAAUACCAAAAAUAAGUUUUACAGUGUACAGUCCAAGACUGAAUAGAGACCUAGCUACACGACAGCAGUACCCAUUGAAACCUGCCUUUGGUCUAACUAUACAUAAAGCUCAAGGCAUGACACUUGAGAG